ACAAACCAAAAAAGGCGGGCAGCCGGGCACUGAAGAUCGCGCUUCAUAUCUUGAUAUGAUGAUCAACAAACGAAUGAAACACAACGCGCGCAGAUAUAUUCCUUUUGUUAACAACAAUCAAGAUAUUCUCCCACUUCCCACAACCUUGCAGUAGUUCCAUACUAAACAUUCCAAACCACAAACCUCGAUCUUCUCAGAUUCAAAACAUUCGAACUUAUCAAACCGACCAGUCUUCUUUUCAACAUGAACCCCCACUUAAGCAUGAAAAUCUUCACCCCAACACACACGCCACCACCAUCCUCGCCGGAAAUGAAACAAGCCGUGGCAGCCGUGGAGAUGAUCGUAGGCUACGUAUUCAAGAACAAGAGGCUUCUAGAGGAGGCUCUCACCCAUCCCUCCCACCCCGACGCCGUGUCGUAUCAGCGGCUCGAGUUCGUCGGCGACGCCGUUCUUAGCCUCGCUAUAAGCAACUACCUCUUUCUUGCUUACCCCAGAAUUGACCAAGGCGACCUCACUUUGCUACGCUCCGCUAAUGUCAGCACCGAGAAGCUCGCACGUGUCGCCGUACGACACGGGUUUUUCCGCUUCCUUCGCCACUCUACACCUGUUCUCAAUGAUCAGGUUAGGGAGUUUACUGAAGUGGUCAGUGGAGAAGUGGAAACUCCACUUGUAUAUAGAGGGUCUGUAAAAGCCCCUAAAGUUCUUGCAGAUAUUGUGGAGUCUGUGGCUGCUGCUAUUUAUGUUGACUUGAAUUUUGAUCUGGAAAAACUUUGGAUGAUUUUUAGGCAUGUUUUGGAGCCUAUAGUUACUCUCAAAGACUUACACCAACAACCUCAACCUGUGACAAAGUUGUUUGAUGUUUGCCAAAAGAACGGGAAGCAUGUCGACAUCAAGUAUUGGAGGGAUGAGAUGAAAGGUAUUGCAAGUGUGUAUGUUGAUGGCAAAUUUGUUGCCUCGGGUUCUUCUGAGUAUAAAGAAGUUGCCAGGGUCAAUGCUGCUGAGAUAGCUCUAUGUAAGUUGUCAAAAUUGAUGCGCAUGGAUGAUGUGUCGAUUGAAGUUAUUGCUGAAACUGAUGGGUCAUUUCAUAUUGAAGAAGCAAAAAAUAAGUUGUAUCAGCUUUGUGGGAAGAAGAAGUGGCCUAAACCAGUCUACAACAUCAAGCAAGAUGAAGGCUCUUCACAUGAGAAGAAGUUUGUAUCGACGGUUCAAAUUGCAACUAUUGAGGGUGUGGUUUGUAUGACGGGAGAUGAAAUGUCGAGAAAAAAGGAUGCAGAGAAUUCUGCAGCUUCUUGGAUGAUCCGUUCUUUGCAAGAGUUAGAUGAUUACUAAUGUGAAUGAAACACACCAAUUUCCUGUAGUUCAUCGUCUUUUCAGACUAUUACAUCACAAAGGCAAGUCUAACAGUUCAAACCCAUCAGAAAGGCCUGCCAAUGGAAUCCAUCAGUUUAACAUGGAAAGAAAAAGAUUACCUUAUCAACCCCUGAGCUCUACUCACGACGGCCAUCAACUGAAUUGGUGUUUCAUUUUCAGUUAUGAUUGUGGCACGCAGAGAUAUAUGGAGGGUGUGUUGAGAUGACAUCGUGAUGGGGUGAAACUCAUACACGACUGAUGCUAUAAUUUUUUAUGUAACAGACGAAUAAUCUUACGAGAACAACUAUGGGUGUUUCAUGCACGAGUGUUUGGUUUCGUCCUUUCGGGCGUAUUCGUUAAUGGUAAUGGCAUGGCGUGAGAACGAAAUAGGAGGGAAAGUUAUAGCAGAAAGCCAGGAAUUCGAAGGAAGUGAUAUUACGCUUCACAUAUAUAAGCAUCGCUAAAACUUGUUGUCUUAAAUAAAUAUUUAUUAUCUUUUAUGUUUAUUAUGUUUGCUUGAUGACUUUUAUUUUUCAUUACCUAGCUUAAAGAUGUUUAAAUGAGUUAUGUCGUGUUGGUUAGCAAGUCUAAAUGACACCGUAGAGGUCAUAUAUAGAUUCAAUUUUCGUCAUAGAUUCAAUUUUCACUGAUAUAUGUAACAGUGCUUUAGGUUAAGGGUUUCUAAUAUUAAACAUUCUAGGUUUCUAUGUAUGU